CACUGAAGAAGUCACGUGGGCGUGUCUGGGGGGAAUAUUGACUGUCAAUCUACCACAGCAUGGCCUCGUCCCUGUACCGUGUCACUGCCAUUUAAAAACGUACGAAAUAAACGCUUCCACCACCACGGUUAGUAAGUUGCUGGACAAAAGACGCAGCUGUGAUGCGUCUGCAGAGUCCCCCGUUCAACACACACAUGUCCUGACAGAGCAGGGUUUGAACUGACACACACACACACACACACUUCGGUUCACACACCUCGUCCUGUAUCCAACUGGCGCUCCUGAGAUGCGGCGUCACCGCGGGGCCAAACCGACCGGGCCUCAUUCCUGAAGUCGCAUCAUCACAGUCUCGUGGCAUCUUCAACCAAACCCCACAGGGGAACGCCACCCCGUGUAGCCCCGGAGAUAAGCCGCGCUGCGCCCAUUGCUUCUGCUCAGGGCCACGAGCAGUCGACGUCGGACCCGUGGGAUGGUGCCGUGGCACCGGGGGCCCCUCACAACUCAGGACGAUAUCUGCGGACGUCGGAGCCAAACAGCCUAACCAUGAGGGACAGACUGAGCCACCUGCAGGAAGUGUCCAAUGACCAUGUGGAGCAGAUGGAGUAUGCAGAGUCCACGGUCUCCGACACCUUCAGUAACGUGGACCUGGAGGAGGAGCUGCGCCAUGAGGCUGUUGUGUUCGACAACAGCCCUGAACUGGAGGUGGUCUUCUCCCAGUCACAAGACAUCCACAGAGACAUCCAGCUUAUCCGUCUGGAGGUCAAAAGGCUCCGUGAGCAUAACUCUCGCAUGCUCCAGGGCGUCACCACCAUGAGCACCAUCAAAAGGGACUCAAACGCCAUUGGCGCUGAUAUUAAGUCGAAGGCUGAAAAGGUUUUGGCACGGCUGCGAGAAAUGGACGGCACAGCCCAUAAGCUAGAGGAAGUGCAUGGCUCAAAUUCAGCCACCACACGCAUUGCAAGAACCCAGUACGCUUGUCUGAGCAACAGCUUCCGUGAUGCCAUGUUUGACUACAACGAGGCUGAAAUGAGCCAUCGUGACAACUGUAAAACGCAGAUCCAAAGGCAGAUGGAGAUAGUGGGGCGUGAGGUGACAGGAGAGGAGGUGGAGGAGAUGAUUGAGACAGGUCAGUGGAGCGUCUUCAAUGACAACGUCGUGACUGAAGGUAAAACAGCUCGGUCAGCUCUGUCCCAGAUCGAGAAACGUCACCAGGAGUUGGUGGACCUGGAGAGCCGCAUCAAUAGCAUCCAUGAAAUUUUCCUGGACAUUGCCGUGCUGGUGGAGGAGCAGGGCCCCAUGCUGACCUCCAUCCAAACUAACAUUCAGAAAACUGACGGAAACAUACAGGAUGUCCUCGUCAAACUCGGCAGGGCCAAGCGUCAUGACAAGAACAACCCAUUCAAGAAGAUGUUUUGCAGCUGUUUCCCAUGCUUCGACUAAUGGCCAUACAGUCAUGUAUAGAGGGAUGAGGGAUGGGAAAGUGCUGUGCAGUCAAAGAAAAGAGGGAAAUCCUAAAGAAAUAAAACGUUUCAUGCCUGUAAUGUUUUGUAUGAUAGGUUUGAGACUGGUAUCCCAAAUCAGAAUAAAUUCCCCCAUGACUGAGGUGUAAUGCAGACCCCAAGAAAAAAGUAUUUAAAAAGAUGUUUCCUGUUUCUAUAUCCUGCUUAGUUCCCACCUGGGAGGGAGUUGCCCAAAAACCCCUAUUAAUCAAUCUUUUAUGUCAAUUAUUUUAUUGUGACUGAGUAGUUGGUCACUACAUGUCAAUCGACUACAACAGUUGACAUCAAGCUGAAAUGUUUUAGAAUUUGUUAAAUGUUGUCUUUCUUGAUUUGAAUCAUACAUAUUUUCUUCAUUACAAAUACAUAAACUCAUGGGUUGAGUAGCCAUUUUGUCCUCCAAUAUUUUCUCAUAUUAUGUAGAGAGCACACUUAAUAUGUUGUGAUGUACACAAUCUGAUACCUUUCACUGCCUUUUGAUGACGAUGUAUAAUAAUUUCAUUUUGUCUUGUAGUGUCAUAAAAAACUUUAUUAAAAUACA